UCUUUUAGUUGCUUUCCUGUAUUCGAAAGCAUGGCUCCCUGUCUCUGAAGCAGGCGUUUUGUGGACUUCAUGGCAAUGGGGUUUAUAGAAUCGAGAACACUUUGCUUCAGCUGUGGCACCUGGCAGACUGUGAGAAAGUGAUGUAGCUGACUAUCAAGCUGGUUGGACACAAUAGAUAGAUGUUAGGCUACUCUUUACCACUACAUUUCUGAACUGGUAGGAACAAUCUCCACCUCCCAUCACUUUUCAGUCGUCAUGAGCCUACUCGAACUUUAUGUCUUCAACUCAGCUGGAGAUGCUGACGAUCCACCAAGAAUUACCCCGAAUCCAGUCAUCAAUGGGAAUGUAGCAAUGGCUGAUGGUCACAACAACACAGAAGAAGACAUGGAAGAUGACACAAGCUGGCGGUCGGAAGCAACGUUUCAAUUCACAGUUGAACGUUUCAACAGACUGAGCGAAUCGGUUCUGAGUACCCCCUGCUUCGUCCGGAACCUGCCAUGGAAGAUCAUGGUGAUGCCGCGGCUUUAUCCGGACAGGCCGCACCAAAAAAGCGUAGGGUUCUUUCUCCAGUGCAAUGCUGAGUCGGAUUCCACGUCAUGGUCCUGUCAUGCGCAAGCAGUGCUCAAGAUAAUAAAUUACAAGGACGACGAGAAAUCGUUCAGUCGCCGUAUCAGCCACUUGUUCUUUCACAAGGAAAAUGACUGGGGCUUUUCCAACUUUAUGUCGUGGAGUGAAGUUACGGAUCCAGAUAAAGGAUAUAUAGAAGACGACAAAGUAACUUUUGAAGUGUACGUUCAAGCUGAUGCUCCUCACGGUGUGGCGUGGGACUCCAAGAAGCAUACAGGAUAUGUGGGAUUGAAGAACCAGGGAGCAACCUGUUACAUGAACAGUUUAUUGCAGACGUUAUUUUUCACAAAUCAACUACGGAAGGCCGUGUACAUGAUGCCCACGGAAGGUGAUGACUCUUCAAAAAGUGUUCCUUUAGCAUUGCAGAGAGUGUUCUAUGAGCUUCAGCAUAGCGACAAGCCAGUAGGAACCAAGAAGCUAACAAAAUCUUUUGGAUGGGAGACAUUAGACAGCUUCAUGCAACAUGACGUUCAAGAACUCUGUCGAGUGUUGCUUGAUAAUGUUGAAAACAAAAUGAAAGGCACCUGUGUAGAAGGCACGAUUCCUAAAUUAUUCAGAGGGAAGAUGGUGUCUUAUAUCCAAUGCAAACAUGUAGACUAUCGGUCUGAACGAAUAGAGGAUUAUUAUGACAUCCAACUAAGUAUAAAGGGAAAGAAAAAUAUAUUUGAGUCCUUCAUUGAUUAUGUUGCAGUUGAACAGCUGGAUGGGGAUAAUAAAUAUGAUGCAGGGGAACACGGUUUGCAGGAUGCAGAAAAAGGUGUAAAGUUCCUAACUUUGCCACCAGUAUUGCAUCUACAGCUCAUGCGGUUCAUGUAUGAUCCCCAAACUGACCAGAACAUCAAAAUAAAUGAUAGGUUUGAGUUCCCAGAUCAGUUGCCUCUUGACGACUUUUUGCAAAAAAAAGACCCUAAAGAUGCUGCAAACUAUAUUCUCCACGCAGUCCUAGUACACAGUGGAGAUAACCAUGGUGGACAUUAUGUCGUUUACUUAAACCCAAAAGGAGAUGGAAAAGUAAGUCAUGGAAGCGACACACAGUGGUGUAAAUUUGAUGAUGAUGUUGUAUCUAGAUGUACAAAGGAAGAAGCAAUUGAACAUAACUAUGGAGGCCAUGAUGAUGACUUAUCUGUACGGCACUGUACCAAUGCGUAUAUGUUGGUUUAUAUCAGGGAGUCAAAAUUGAGUGAAGUGUUGCAGGCAGUCACUGACCACGAUAUUCCUCAGCAGUUGGUGGAACGGCUGCAAGAAGAAAAGAGAAUAGAAGCUCAAAAGAGGAAGGAGAGGCAAGAAGCUCACCUCUACAUGCAACUGCAGAUAGUAACAGAGGACCAGUUCUGUGGCCAUCAAGGCAACGACAUGUAUGAUGAAGAAAAAGUAAAAUACACUGUGUUCAAAGUGUUGAAGAACUCAACGCUUGCAGAAUUUGUUCAAAACCUUUCUCAAACAAUGGGCUUUCCACAAGAUCAGCUACGGCUGUGGCCAAUGCAGGCCCGAAGCAAUGGGACAAAAAGGCCGGCCAUGCUAGACAAUGAAGCUGAUGGCAAUAAAACUAUGAUUGAGCUGAGUGACAAUGAAAAUCCGUGGACCAUUUUCCUGGAAACGGUAGACCCAGAAAUGGCUGCGACUGGGGCAGCAUUGCCCAAGUUUGACAAAGACCGUAAGUACACAUCAGAUGACGUAAUGUUGUUCCUGAAGAUGUAUGAUCCAAAGACGCGGAGUUUGAAUUACUGUGGACAUAUCUAUACGCCUAUAUCUUGUAAAAUACGUGACUUGCUGCCAGUUAUGUGUGAAAGAGCAGGAUUUCCCCAGGAAUCUAAUCUUAUCCUCUAUGAGGAAGUUAAGCCGAAUUUAACAGAGAGAAUUCAAGACUAUGAUGUAUCCCUUGACAAGGCUCUUGAUGAACUCAUGGAUGGUGACAUCAUUGUGUUUCAGAAAGAUGACCCCGAGAACGACAAUAGUGAACUACCAACAGCAAAGGAAUACUUCCGAGAUCUGUACCACCGAGUUGAUGUCAUCUUCUGUGACAAAACCAUCCCCAACGACCCUGGUUUUGUGGUCACGUUGUCCAACAGAAUGAAUUAUUUUCAGGUUGCAAAGACGGUUGCCCAGAGGCUUAAUACGGAUCCUAUGCUCCUACAGUUUUUCAAGUCACAAGGUUAUAGAGAUGGCCCAGGUAACCCUCUUAGACAUAAUUACGAUGGAACUCUAAGAGAUCUCCUGCAGUUCUUCAAGCCUAGGCAACCUAAGAAACUUUACUAUCAGCAGCUUAAAAUGAAAAUCACAGACUUUGAAAACAGGAGGAGUUUUAAGUGCAUAUGGCUGAACAGCCAAUUUAGGGAAGAGGAAAUAACACUAUAUCCAGACAAGCAUGGAUGUGUACGGGACUUAUUAGACGAAUGUAAAAAAGCUGUAGAACUCUCUGAGAGAGGUUCAGGGAAAUUAAGGCUGCUAGAAAUUGUAAGUUACAAAAUAAUUGGUGUCCAUCAGGAAGACGAAUUGUUAGAGUGUUUAUCGCCAGCAACAAGUCGGACGUUUCGGAUAGAGGAAAUUCCCUUGGACCAGGUAGAUCUAGAUAAGGAGAAUGAGAUGCUAAUUACAGUGGCUCAUUUCCAGAAAGAGGUUUUUGGGACGUUUGGCACUCCAUUCUUGCUAAGGAUACACCAGGGCGAACACUUUCGGGAGGUAAUGAAGAGGAUCCAGACCGUACUGGACAUACAGGAGAAGGAAUUUGAAAAGUUUAAGUUUGCCAUUGUAAUGAUGGGUCGACACCAUUAUAUAAAUGAAGAUGAAUAUGAAGUUAACUUGAAAGAUUUUGAGCCCCAACCCGGCAACAUGUCUCAUCCCAGGCCAUGGCUGGGGCUUGACCAUUUCAACAAAGCCCCAAAGAGAAGUCGCUACACCUACCUUGAAAAAGCUAUUAAAAUCCAUAACUGACUUACCCUCUCCAGUUUGUUCGAGGCGAAAGGGGCAACCAUAAGUAUGUGUGUGCGUGCGUGUGUGUGUGUGUGUGUGCGCGCGCACCUUUUUAACAACGGUAGGACUUUUGGCACACGUGCACUCUGAUCGGAAGUCUCCAGCAAGAGGAUUUGCUGCUGAUUUAUUAAUUUUAUUUUGAGGCUGUUCAGUUUGGCUUCUCUGUAUCUAUUAUUGACUGCCCUUUUUUUGAGCAAAAAUGAAGGUGUUUUAUAAAAGCUUGGGUGCCAAUGAGAGUUUUUAUGGGGAAUGCAAAGUGAAGCAGGAUUGUCGACGUGACGAUGGAAAGGUUGACUAGAACAGUUACCAUUGGCAAACUCUUUGUCUGUAGAACAUUUAAUGGGGUGUCCUGGGCUACCCCCUUCUCCCCCCCCACCCCAUGCUCUUCCCAAAUGCGUGGUACUUGCCAUCACUGCAACUAGCUGGCGCUAUGGUUAGGCUCACGUCCAGUUUAUUUCCUCCAGUUAUAUACUUUAAAAUGACAUUUUUGUGCAUUUGUAAAUGCAACGAGAAACUCACGUCCUCAAUAAAUAGCAAUCUCUACUUGGUUGUGUACACUGUUGGCACUUAUUCGGGACUUCUUCUUCUUCUUCUUUUUGGUCUCUUCAAUCAGCCUAGGAUUUCUCUCUCUCUCUUUUUUAAUUAUUAUUAUUAUUAUAUUAUUAUUAUUAUUUUAAAUAAAUGGAUUCUGAGUCAAAUUUGGUUUUUUCCACAUCACAUUUUGCCAAGGAAGAAGCCGGGAGCCCUCGAAGGAAGAGAUGGCGGCUUUGUCUUUGUUUUGAAACGAUUUAGAAUUAUAUCAAUCAGUUGUGAUUAAGAGACUGGUGAGCACAGAACCAACACCUUGCAGGGUUUGCAGAAGGAAAAGGCAUCUCCUUUAUAAUGAACUUAGUUAAUCUGGGAAGAAACGGGGAGACGAGCAAAAUAGCCGUUUAGCACUGAGGGCAUGUUCACUAGCAUUUAGUAAGCUGUUGACUUUGUAAAAAAUAAAUAAAAAUAAAAAUUAAAAAAAUAGGGGAUUGGGAGGGGGAAGAAAACGAAAGUGUAUAUUUAAUGGAGGAACAUGUACAAUUUAACACUUGGAGGUUACUUUUGGGGAGGGUGGGGGGGGGGCGGGGGAGUCUGCAAGUGAAUUUCACAGAUGUCAAUAUUCAUUGUGUGUAGGUUUUUUUUCUCCCCCUCCCCUCCCCACUUCAGUUCCCAGACUUCUUUUCCAUUUUAGUUCCCAGCUAACGGACAGCCCCAUAUGUCUAUAUAAGUUUUUUGAGUGCAGUAAAGAAAAAGAAAAAUAGAAUCAGCCGUUCACACUCCUCCCCCUCCUUUUUAAAUUUCACAUACUUUCUCCCUCUCCUUCCCCUUCCUGCCCACCCUCAAGUAUUUUAUUUUGUUUCUGUAGCUGCAGUGUGCAAUGAUUCUUCCUGUAUAUUGCCUUUUUUGCUGGAAAAAAAAAUGUUGUAUGUUGAAUAAAAAUUUUCUAUAAAAUUUUA